AUGGUUCUUGACGACUUGGAGACGUCUUGCAUGGACAUUUUAGAUUUUGACAUAAGAAUGUUUUGUAGAUAUGUAGACGACGUUUUUAUGAUACUACCUACUGACAAAAUUAAUUACGUAUUGGACAUUUUUAAUAAUUACCAUCCACGGCUAAAGUUCACUGUGGAAAUUGAGAGCAACGAUUACAUUAAUUUCUUAGAUACCACGGUUAUCCGUGAAAAUGGUCUACUUAUAACCAAUUGGUAUCGUAAACCAUCGUUUACAGGUCGCUACAUUAACUACUUUGCCAGCAAUCCGGUCGAACAUAAAAUUAGUAUAGUUACGGGCCUAAUAGACAGAGCUGUGCUAUUAUCUGACAGUAGGUUCCACGAUGAGAACGUUAAAAUUGUUAAAAAGGUAUUAAGGGAAAAUUGUUAUCCGUCUGAAUUUAUUGAGAAAUAUGUACAUAAAAGAUUAAAAACUUUUAAGCAUAGAAGAGGGAUUGAUAAAGAGGAAGUGAAUGAUAAUAACAAUAGGAGAGGCUACGCAAGCAUUCCGUUUGUUAAAGGACUUAGCGAAGGUAUGUGCAACAUUUUGAGAAAAUGCGAUUUCAAGGUGGCUUACUCUGUGUAUAAAAAAUUAGAUAUGUUCAUUAAAAGGGGAAAGGACAAGCUUUUGAAGAAGGAUAAAACCGGCGUUGUAUAUCGUAUCAAAUGCAUGGAGUGUGAGGCUUGUUACAUAGGUCAGACCAAAAGACAGUUAGAAACUAGAAUUAAAGAACAUAAAAAUGAUAUAAGGAAGGGUGAGAACAACUGGUCGGUGGUGAGCAGGUACAGGGUGUUGGAUAAUCACGAUUUUGAUUGGGAUAAUGUUGACAUUGUGCAUGAAGAAAGAUACUUAAGAAAGAGAGAAAUCGCGGAGAUGAUUUUCAUUAAAAGAGACGCUAAUGCUAUUAAUCACCAAAAGGACAUUGAAAACCUGCCCUGUGUAUAUGAUAAGAUUGUGACUAACGUUUGA